AUGGCCAAUGAAUUUACAUUUAGGUCUGGUCUUCAGGAAGUACUGGUUCAACUGAAUACAGAGCUCAAGAGCGCGGAAUCAAGAACUACUUCCACUGACUACAGUAUUAUUACAGAUGACUUAGGUCACAGUUUCAGUGAAUCCAGAUCUGGUCCCCAGGAAUCAAGUACUAUUUCCACUGAAUACAGUUAUUAUCAAGAUGAAUUAGGUUACAGUGCCAAUGAAUCCAGAUCUGGUCCCCAGGGAUCAAGUACUAUUUCCACUGAAUACAGUUAUUAUCAAGAUGAAUUAGGUUACAGUGCCAAUGAAUCCAGAUCUGGUCCCCAGGAAUCAAGUACUAUUUCCACUGAAUACAGUUAUUAUCAAGAUGAGUUAGGUUACAGUGCCAAUGAAUCCAGAUCUGGUCCCCAGGAAUCAAGUACUAUUUCCACUGAAUACAGUUAUUAUCAAGAUGAAUUAGGUUACAGUGCCAAUGAAUCCAGAUCUGGUCCCCAGGAAUCAAGUACAGUUCCCACCGAGUACAGUAUUAUUAAUACAGAUGAAUUAAGUCACAGUCCCAAUGAAUCCAGAUCUGGUCCCCAGGAAUCAAGUACUAUUUCCACUGAAUACAGUAUUAUUACAGAUGACUUAGGUCACAGUUUCAGUGAAUCCAGAUCUGGUCCCCAGGAAUCAAGUACUAUUUCCACUGAAUACAGUUAUUAUCAAGAUGAAUUAAGUUACAGUGCCAAUGAAUCCAGAUCUGGUCCCCAGGAAUCAAGUACUAUUUCCACUGAAUACAGUUAUUAUCAAGAUGAGUUAGGUUACAGUGCCAAUGAAUCCAGAUCUGGUGCCCAGGAAUCAAGUACAGUUUCCACUGAAUACAAUAAUCAUGAAGAUGAAUUACGUUACAGUGCCAAUGAAUCCAGAUCUGGUCCCCAGGAAUCAAGUACAGUUCCCACCGAGUACAGUAUUAAUACAGAUGAAUUAAGUCACAGUCCCAAUGAAUCCAGAUCUGGUCCCCAGGAAUCAAGUACUAUUUCCACUGAAUGGUCCAAAUGA